UUUAUUUAUUUUUUUUUUGGGCAGAGGGGUGCUUCGGAAGGAAAUAAAGAGAAGAAGACAGCCACCAUGGGACGCGUGCUGAAAGUGCUACUCUUUUGGAGCGUGUUAAGCGCAGCGUACAUCGCUUACCAGUGGAGAGACACUUUUGAUCCAGCUGUGCUUUCUGGCAGACGUGUUCUUGUCACUGGUGCAAGUAAAGGAAUUGGGGAGCAGAUUGCCUAUCACUAUGCUCGGUUUGGAUCGCAAAUUGUUAUAACAGCUCGGACAGAAUCCGCAUUAAAGAAGGUCGCUGAAAAAUGCCUACAGCUGGGAUCCCCAAAGGUGUGGUACAUCCCUGCCGACAUGUCAGAUCUGGAAGAUCCCAACCGAGUUCUGCGCUUUGCACUCGACAAGCUAGGUGGUUUAGAUUACCUGGUUCUUAACCAUAUUGGGAGUACCUUCUUCCAGAUGUGGAAUGGAGAUGUGGAACACAUUCGUGUGCUUAUGCAGGCGAACUUCUUAAGUUAUGCUCAGAUGGUAUCUUCAGGGUUGCCCUUCCUGAAACAGAGUAAUGGCUCCAUCAUUGCUGUGUCGUCAAUUGCAGCAAAGAUUCCCUCCCCUUUCACCAUUCCUUACACAGCAACCAAAUCUGCAGUGAAUGGCUUCUUCGGAUCUCUCCAGCAUGAGUUGUCCAUGCAGAAAGUCAACGUUUCCAUCACACUCUGCAGUCUUGGCCUAAUCGACACAGAGACUGCCUUGAGGAAAGUAAAGGGUGUCAUCGACACAAUGUCAGCCUACCCAGCAUCAGGGGCAGCUCUGGAAGUCAUUAAGGGUGGAGCCACCAGACAAAACGAGAUCUUUUACCCCUGGUACUGGCAGCUGGUGUGUGCCAUACGGGACUGGUUUCCCGGGUAUCGGGACUCAGUUAUACAGAGUUCAUACAAGUACAACCCUUGAAAAAAGUGGUGAAAGGAAACAAAUAUCUUGACAUCUGUUUGUCUAUAAUAAAAUUUUCCAGAAAA